AUUGAACUUUUAAAUUUAAACGAAAUUUAGGAAAAGUUGGACAUAAGAGUCAAACCAAAUCGGAUGAGGAACAAAACUGAUUCAAGGAAAGCAUUCACUAAAUCAAACAAUACCUUCAACUCUGGUUGCUCCAAAGUAACUUACCCUGAUAACCCCCUAUGCUUACUUCUAAUGAGAUCUAAACGAACAAGAACGCCUAUAGCUUCUAAAAAAAACAGACAGGUAAAUUUUAUUCCAAAUCUCGCCUCUAAACCUGCUGUUCCAUAGACCAGUUCGGGAAACCAAAAGAGUCAAAAGUAGGAAUGAUCAGUAGAAUUUGCCUGUACUCAAGCAUGCUGAAACAACUCAGCCUAAUUGACAUUGAUAAUGUAACAUAGGAGGAAGAUGAGCAACUGAGAAAGAUUGUCAAAGUCAUCUUAGAUACAAGAAAAUAAGAAGCCAGCCCUCCGAAGCAGUUUACCAAAAUAGACACGAAUGUAAAAAAAGCAGAGAAAGAUAGGGAUUUUGGAGAUGAUUUGAAAUAAACUGUUCUCUUUAAGUUCUUCAGACAACCAUGAGGUUUUUAAAUCCCUCGCCACAAACCUUGAUAUGACUAGUUCACCCAUGAGGAGGAACAACUCAAUGAAGAACAUUACUUUCCUACAAAUCUGUGCAAUCCGGAUAUCCAAAGCCUCAUGGGAAUGUAUAGGCAAAGCUAUUUCGAGCAAUAACAGUAUUAGAAUGCUUGCGCUUAAUGCUUGUGGGGUUAAUAACAAUGCAUUUGCUCACUUAGUCCCUGCAAUGGAGAAGAACAAAAGUAUUGAAAUCCUCGAUCCUAUCUUUCAACUAUAUGGGAGAUAAAAUGAGCACAUUCAUUUCUAAAAUAAUCGCUCUCCAAAGCGAGAGAAGAGAGCAAGCAAUCUGGCUUGCAGGUCUCAGAGAAGAACUUCCUGAGGAAGAAGAAUAUAAAUCUGGCCUUAAGAAUCUUAUCCUUAGGCAUAACAAUUUUAGCAAAGAUGUCUGCUCCGAAAUCUCAAGAGUACUUUAUUUUGACAUUUACAUCAGAUCAAUUGAUCUUAGAAAUAACUUACUUCAAGAAGAAGAGAUCCAGGAAAUGAAAUAUUUCCUCAAAUUGAAUAAAGCCUUGAUUAAUCUUGAUGUACUUCAAAAUCAUGGUUUAACUACUAAACUGCACAGGAUGGUUGUGCUCAAGCUUCUCAGAAACAUCGAGUAUACUAAGAAAACUAAUAUUGAAGACAUGAGGUGGAUGAACCCAGAAGUGCUAAUCUGAGAGGUUCCAAAAUAUUUAGCUCCAAAAAUCCAAAGAAAGAUGAAUAAAUUGUUUGAGCAUCCGAGCCAAGCUCAUCGCCCAAAGGCCACUGUAGUCAGGAGAUCAGUGAAUUAUUACAAUAAUAUAAAAACUAUCGCAAUGCCAGUUCCAGAUUACUUAAAAGUAGCGAAAACCCUCGGUGUAGAUAACCUGAAACAAAGACUUCCAUUAGCAGAGUACCACUACUCUCAGAUGCAAAACAGAGAAAGCAGUAUGUACGAAAAGGUCUCAGAGCCACACAUCGCUAAAAGCCAGAUCCUAUAGUCUAAAAUUUCCAUAAAUUUUCAAAAAUUAGAGGUGCAAUAUUCUAAGAUUCCUUGAAAUUAUCAAAAACGAAAGCAUUUUGGUCAAGGUUAACUCUAAGAAUACUAUAGCCAUAAUUAUCCAGUCAAGUAUGAUCUGACUUCUUCGACGGAAAAGUCUGACUAUUGCAAGUCACUAAAGACCUGGAAUACAUGGAGGACUCUGAUAGAUCCAGAAUCUGAUAUUUGGCAAAGUAAAUAAAAAUCCUAAAUGACUGUAACAGUUGUAUAAUGAUUCUCAACAAGAAAUACACAAGAUAAAAUUUUUGGGUAAUUUCUUCAGCUUAUCUAUCAGGCUUGUUGAGAUAUAUCUGACCUCAAUCUUAUCAUUAUGUUGUAUAGCCAAGGGAAGAUCUGACUCUUGAUACCAAAUGAAGUAGACCCUGUUUAUUUCGUCUCAAGAAGCCAUGCUCAAAGCAUGAUUCUGCAUCCUUGGACUGUGGCCAAGGUCUCCAAACACAAGUACUCAG